AUGCGACCAGGCUCCCGCCCACCCCUGGCAUUAGAAGUAUUUUAUGGUGUAUUUGAGACAUACCACUCUUGGCCUCACCCUGGCGUCCAGUCCGUCUUCAUCAACAGAUGCAGCAGUCCCGCCUCGAAGGUGUGUGACUUUGUUUGCGACUGCAGGGACUGCUCCGAUGAGAACCAGUGCGGUUACCACAAAGAAUCAGUCAUGCUGGGAACUCCCUUCACCUGCGAUUUUGAAGAGGGCAACUGUGGCUGGAAGGACGUGAGCACUUCUGCCUACAGAUGGGUCACAGACCGAGCCAGCAUCGCCAUGUGGGGGACAGGACCCAGCGCCGAUCACACCCGGGGCACCGAUCUGGGCUGGUACAUGGCUGCAGAGAUGCGCAGAAACACGUUUGCUGCCAUCGCUAGGUUAAGGUCCCCCGUGAUGCAACAAGCGGCAGCCACCUGUGAGAUCCGAGCAUGGUAUCGCCUAUGGGAAACAGGGCCUAACGAGACGGUGCAGCCGGCUCUGUGGGUGGAGCUGACAUAUGACAAUGAGACCAGAACACUGUGGCAGAGUCUCAAGAGCAGCAUCUCUGCCUGGCAGGAGCUGGUUGCAUACACAGGCCGGGUGCCAGGGGAGUUCCAGAUAACCCUCUCCUCGCGGCAGAGCUCCUUGCAGCUGGACGACGUGGAGUUCAGGAGCUGUGGCUUGCCACCGCCCCUGAGCCUAGUGUGUGGCCCGGACGAGAGGAACUGCAGCCGUGGAUCAUGUGUGCAGCUGGAGCAGCUCUGUGAUGGCACUGAUGACUGCGGGGAUCUGUCAGACGAAUCCGCCACAGAGUGCGGAUCGUUCACCAUCUGUUCCUUUGAGACGGGCUGGUGUGGCUGGAACACUGUGCCCGAUUACCCGACCUGGGUCAGGAACACAAGCCUCCACCUCGUGCCUGGGGCCCGCAGCCCCACACGGGACCACAGCAGCAACAGCAGGACAGGCUUUUUCCUCUACGUCAGUACCGGCCCACAGGACCGGCGCAGCGAUGCAGCCAGACUCGUUAGUCCAACUUUCCAAGCAACCACAACCAGCUGCUGCUCUCUCGUGUUCUACUCCCACCUCUACGACUCGGCCACCAGCAGCCUCAACAUCUACUACAAACCCAGCUCCGGCGUCAUGCAGCUCGUGCGCUCCAGGGCCGGGGACCUCGGGGAUUACUGGUUCAGGGAGAAGGUGGACUUCAGUGUGACCGAGAGCUUCCAGCUCGUUGUGUCCCUGCAGAUCAUUCUUGAGGGCGUGAUCGGAACAGGACCCAAAGGCAGCAUGGCCCUGGAUGACCUGGUUCUCUCUCCAGGCUGUGUCCGGGUUGCAGGCAGUCAGGUCAUCACCCCCCAGCCUUCCACCACGGACCCCACCACGCCCUGCACCCUGCAGGAGUUUGCCUGCGACAAUACAAAGUGCAUCAGUGCAGAGCUCACCUGCGACUUUAUACAGACGUGUGAAGAUGGCUCCGAUGAGAUGUACUGUGCCAAGGCCAAAGUGCCUGAGCUCCUGACUGCAGCUGCUUACCCGCCAGUGCCGAUGGCUGUGGGCACAGGGGACUGCAGCAGCAGACGCCUUCAGGCCAGGAGCAUCUGGGGCUCUUGGCACCGCCUGGCGAGAGGCUUCGGGGCCCAGACAAGGCUAGUGAAAACUUGGUGUGUUCCAGGGGCAUCGACCUUCGAGGCCGGGGCUAGGGGCUGGAAGGAUGUCAGUGUGGGCCAGCUGCAGUGGGCGAGGCAGAAAGCCAGCGAGGCCUUACUGCCUGGGGCAGACCACACCACCAACACCUCCACAGGGAGUUACCUGGGUGUGGCGCUGGCUCCAGGCCAGGUGGUGUCGGUGGCCAGGGCUCGCACCCCUGUUCUGGGCCCCUCGGGCCUGGCCUGCUCUGUGGAGAUGCACUACUGGCUGCACAGCGACCCCCAAGGGUUCAUUGCGCUCGGCAUCGUGGAUCAUGCCCUGGGAACACACCGGCUGGCCUGGCAAACGCAAGGCAAUGGCAGCACGGCGUGGAAGCACAUCUCCAUUCCGCUGGGGAAGAGAGCCAGACCCUUCCAGCUGGAGCUGACUGCCCUGGUGAAGCUGCGUGGCCCCGUGGUGCAGAGUGCUGCUGUGGACGAUGUUGUGUUUGUGAACUGCGACCCCCGCUUUACCCCGCCAGACGCCUCGGAGCUGUCUUGCAACUUUGAGAUGGGGCUCUGCGGCUGGUACCAGGAUCAGAGCGAUGACUUUGAGUGGGCGAGAGGCACAGGUCUGGGGCUGGGCUCUGACCACACCACUGGCACAGGCUAUUUCUUGUCCGUGGAUCUCUCCGCCCAAAGUACCUGGGGCCUGAGCGCGCGUCUCGUCACCUACCCCCAGGACCCUCCCACCAGAGAGCAGUGCCUCUCGUUCUGGUACCGCCUGGAUGGCCCUCAGAGUGGCACGCUGAACCUAAAGAUCCAGCAUGAUGGGGAGCCGGAGACAGUGCUCUGGACCCAAAUGGGCUCUCGUGGCAGCAUAUGGCACCUGGGAUUCGCAACACUCAGUCGCCAGGCUCUCCAGAGGUACCGGCUGAUCUUCGAGGCUCUUCGUGACGGGUACCUGGGGAACAUGGCCCUGGACGAUGUCACCGUGCGAGCUGGAGCCUGUGGUCCCCAGAAGUCCUGCUCGUUCGAGGCCAAUGCCUGUGGCUUCUUCUCCAGCUGGCAGUACACAUGGGCACGGCAGAGCAACGCCACGGGCACUGCCACCGCUGGCCCGCCCACUGACCACACCAUGGGGACAGCCCGAGGAUAUUACAUGAUCGUUGAUACCAGCGAGGCCUUCCUGCCCCGUGGGCAAGCAGCCACUCUGAGCUCUGGGCAGUACAGGCCCCUGACUGGUCCGCAGUGCCUGGGCUUCUGGUACCAGCUGAGCCCCAGUGACCCAGGUGAGCCCGGAAGCCCCACCUCUUUGAGCCCUUCGGGCUGGCAGAGGGCCCUGACUCCCCCACACUCCGUGACAGCCACACACUUGCUGGGUGAGCCAUGGCCCUUCCUGGGGCUUGGUUCCCUCGCAUCCCGACCCCCCGCCCGUGACCUCACAGAGAGUGUGAGUAGGGGUGUGGGAGCUUGGAACCAGGAACAAAUCCCACUGCCUCCUACUUGUGCCCAGGGGCAAGCUCCCAUGAACACUGCCAGUGCCAUGGGCUUGGUGGUGCCACUGCUCCCUGCCCUCUGCUCCGGUGGGCGGCCCUCAGGAGAUGUGACCUGUCUCUGGCUUUUGCUAGGUUCUCUGAUGGUGUUUAUGAAGGAGAAGGGGGUGCAGCGGAGGCUGUUCAGCGUGAGCUCAGUGCAGGGGGACGCUUGGCGCUAUGGUAAAGUGACUGUCCAAGCGGCUGAGGACUGGCAGGCUGUGUUUGAGGUGGUGAGUGCUGGGGGUGAGCUCUCCUAUGUCGCCCUCGAUGAUCUGCACCUGAAGGCCGGCAGCUGCCCAGAGCCAGGUUCCUGUGACUUUGAGUCAGACACUUGUGGCUGGACCAGCCCCUCAGACCGCACCCUGGGCAGCUACGCCUGGGGCUGGAGGAGCGGGGCCAGCCUGGGCCCCAAGGUGGACCACACGCUGGGCACGACAGCAGGUCACUACGUUUACUUUGAUGCCAGCGUGCUGGGUCCCGGGGGGAACGCCGCCUGGUUGCUGAGCGAGCACCUGCCCGCCACCAUGGGGGCCUGCCUCCGGUUCUGGUACCACAUGGACUUCCCAGAGCACUUCUACAGCGGCGAGCUGAGGGUGAAGCUGUACAGCAUGGCAGGGGAACUAACAGUCUGGUGCGCCCGAGGGCACCAGGGCCACGGCUGGCGGAACAGAACCAUCUCUGUGCAGAACACCGUGGAGUUCCAGAUUGUCUUUGAAGUGGCCAAUGGCAUGUGGCCUGCUGGGGGAACCAUUGCCUUGGAUGAUAUCACGUACCAUGCUGGAGAGGGCUGUGAUGGCAACAGUUUGGGCCAGAUGGAAGGUGGGAAACUUGCCAAGGGCACUGUGGCAGCAGUCGUGAUUGGCAUUCUCCUGGCCACCGUCUUCCUGCUCCUACUAGCUUGGAGCAUGUGCUGCUGGCUGAAGAGGAGGGUGGCAGCGGGCAGGAUGCCAGAGGAGAGGGCCGCCAGCCAAGGCUUUGACAACAUCACGUUUAGAGAUGACAGGGUCACUAUAACUCCACUACCUGCGGAUGAGGAAGCAGAACCAGAUGUGAGCCUCUCAUAAUAGGCACCUACUUGUACUGUAGCUGCACAUACAGAAUGAAACAUGGGUUCUGCAAGGCUUCACGCUCCUCCAGCAACAUUGGGCUCAACUUUCAUUUCCAAGCUACUCUUGAAACUGUUUUGCCUAUUGACUACAAUGGAAGCUUUCGUUGAGACGGACAAGGUCAGCUGGAAGGAGGAAUACAAGCCCCUUUUUGAACUUAGAGUAUGAACAGAUCCUGUAUAACAACUUCCUGAAGCACGUUCAAGUGCUGUCACAUUCCUGCAGUUUCCCCAUAUAGUAUUGCCCUUUCCAUAUGAAGAUCUGUCCCCCUGAUUUUAUCUAAAAUAAAAUGAAUCCUAUAAACAUCAGAUUUCUGAAGACGACUGUGUAACUGAGUCUGUGUUUC